AUGGACCAAGAGUCCGAUGGCAAGGGAGCGAAAGCGAAAGGGACGGGCGUCACCUCUGAAGACGAUGGCGGAAGCCCAACGUCAAACACAAUCGGAGCUGGGUCCUCGCCAGGCUCGACACGUUAUUGGUGGUUUGUUGCAACCGAGCUCAAUCUUGUGGCUCUGGCUAACCGUCUGCUUGCUUUUUCCCAACAGCGCCUCCAGCCCCCAUAUGCAUGGCUGUUUUGGUUUCUCAAUGCCAGAGGCGAGUUUGUCGACUCGUCCCAACCUCCAUCGGGCUUCGUCGAAUAUAGUGUGAUAUCCCAUGUCCUGCCUAGAGAGGAAGGCAGUACACUGUCCUUCGACCCGGGGCUUUACACCUGGAUGAACAGCCCUGCUCCCCCGGCUGUAGGUGUCUUGUAUCCUCAACAGCUAUGUCGCACAAGCAGUCUUCGACAUCUCAACCCUAUUGUGAUUGUCGCUUUCGACAUCAACAUUGCCUGGUCAUGUCGGAGAAUUUGGCAUCCCGCCUGGGACGACCCGUAG